AUGGCGCCCGGAAUUAUCGAAAUCCCUUCUUCGGCUGGCCAAUCGACCACUAGCUCCAAGCCUACCGUCUAUGCACUUGACACAUUUCAUCCCACAGCUAUAGCGCACGCUGAAACACUUUUCAAAAUCAUUCAUCCCCAUGACGAGGAGUUCAAAAACUGGAGGCAAAAUGCCAGAGCUCUGCUAGUGCGAGGCUCAUACGUCACGGCCGAUGAUAUCGCCAGCUGCCCGAAUUUAGUCGCCAUCGGCAAGCAAGGCGUGGGUAUUGAUAAGAUCGACCAGGAAGCUUGCGCAAAGCGAAACAUUAAAGUCCUAAACACACCUGGGGCCAACGCUCGCGACGUUGCUGAGCUCGUCGUUGCACUUGCCCUAUCCGUUGCACGAGGCAUCCGAUCGAUCACCACCCGUCAGAUGGUGAAGCCUGUGCCGAAAGAGACCUGUAAUGGGCUGACUUUGUAUCGAAGAACAGUGGGGAUUAUCGGUAUGGGGAACAUUGGAAAGACCGUGGCGGAGAUCUUCCGGGGCGGAUUUGAUGCCGAAAUCGUGGCUUACGAUGCUUAUAUGCCGGAUGAUGCCUGGUCGCAUAUUCCCCACACCAGAGCUAAGAACAUCGACGAAGUUCUUGCCAGGGCCGAUAUUCUUUCUUUGCACGUCCCACUCACCGAGGAAACGCGGGGUAUGAUCUCUUACCCGCAGCUUCGGAGCAUGAAGCCCGACGCCAUUGUGAUCAACGCUGCUCGAGGAGGGAUUGUCAACGAGGAAGAUCUGACGAGAGUAUUGUCGGAGGGUCACCUUUGGGGCGCAGGUCUCGACUGUCAUGAGCAGGAACCACCAAGCCAUGAGAGGUAUGGCGCAUUGUGGGGGAACCUGAAUGUUAUCAGCACGCCGCACAUCGGAGCGGCAACCACGCGCGCCCAAGUCGCCAGCGCCACGGCGGCCGUGGACAACCUGUAUCAGUAUUUAGCUAAGCUGUGA